AUGGCGGACGACGGUGAUCAAGCAGUUGUUGUGGCUAGCGUGGUACCUGUCGCGAAUACAGGAAUUGUUGAUCAGGAGGAUGCCACUAAUAUUGAGACGUCUCCAAAGCCAGUAAACGCGGUUCAGGAUAACGCUACUAACGACGUCUCGGAUGCUAGAGAGGAACAAGACUUGGAAGGCGUACGUCACGACGCGUCAUCCGAUCGAUGUCCAAGCAGUCAUGACGAUCAGCAGCAGCAUGCAUCCCAUGAGAGCGCUACAGCCGACGCUACAACGGACGAUAAAGCGGGACCUACUACAGCCGACGCUACAGCCGAACGUACAGAGAACUCUACGGCGGGACCUACAGCGGACGCUGCAGGGCAGGAGAUGGCAGGAGGCCAGCAACAGUCUUUUGACGCGACAGGCGACGAGAUGGUCGCAGAGCCAACAAGAGGCGACGAUAUGGUCGCAGAGCCAACAAGAGGCGACGAUAUGGUCGCAGAGUCAUCAAGAGACGACGAGAUGCUCGCAAAGCCAAGAAGUAGCGGCGACAUGGUCGCUGAGCCAAGAAGAAGCGGCGACAUGGUCGCAGAGCCAGCAAAGGGCGACGAGAUGGUCGCAGAGCCAGCAAAGAGCGACGGGAUGGUCGCAGAGCCAAUAAAGGGCGACGAGAUGGUCGCAGAGCUAGCAAAGGGCGACGAGAUGGUCGCAGAGUCAUCAAGAGGCGUCGAGAUGGUCGCAGAGCCAAGAAGAAGCGGCGACAUGGUCGCUGAGCCAAGAAGAAGCGCUGGCAUGGUCGCAGAGCCAGCAAAGGGCGACGAGAUGGUCGCAGAGCCAGCAAAGGGCGACGAGAUGGUCGCGGAGCCAGGAAAGGGCGACGAGAUGGUCGCAGAGCCAGCAAAGGGCGACGAGAUGGUCGCAGAGUCAUCAAGAGGCGACGAUAUGGUCGCAGAGCCAAGAAGAAGCGGCGACAUGGUCGCUGAGCCAAGAAGAAGCGCUGGCAUGGUCGCAGAGCCAGCAAAGGGCGACGAGAUGGUCGCAGAGCCAGCAAAGGGCGACGAGAUGGUCGCAGAGCCAACAAGAGGCGACGAGAUGGUCGCAGAGCCAGCAAGAGGCGACGAGAUGGUCGCAGAGCCAGCAAGAGGCGACAAGAUGGUCGCAGAGCCAAGAAGUAACGGAGACAUGGUCGCUGAGCCAAGAAGAAGCGGCGAGAUGGUCGCAGAGCCAGCAAAGGGCGACGAGAUGGUCGCAGAGCCAGCAAAGGGCGACGAGAUGGUCCCAGAACGACCCGGGUGCGCCCCUGAGUGCGACGGAUUAAGUAGCGACAGAGUACCAAGCGACGCUGGCGACGUGGCGAACGAGGCUAAAGCCGCUCGCGCGUUAAAAGGCGCCUCAGAAGUCAAUGUUGAUGCGUCGCAGAACCGGGGAAAGGCGGCCUCAGCCGCACACAAGGAGGCAGGGAAGGCAGCUACACCUGUGGAGGAGGAGGCGGAAAAGGCGGCUACAGCUGUGGACGAGGGGGCUGGGAAGGAGGCUACAAAUGUGGAGGAGGUUUUUAUGAAGGAGGCUACAGCCGAGGAGGAAGCGGCUCGGAAGGAGGCUACAGCCGAGGAGGCGGAGGUAGGGGAAGUGACAAUAGCGAGGGUUGCUGCUGAGGAGGAAUCACACCGAGUGACAAUGGCGGAAGCUGAGGCUGUGACUGCUGAAGCAGCUGAGGGGGGGUUAGACCGGAUGACAAUAACGGGGGGAGAUACUACUGAGGAGGAGUUACACCAAGUGACAAUAGCGGAAGCAGAUGGUCUGACUGCUGAAGCAGCCAAAACACUUUCUGCUGUUGCUGCUGAAGCUGUGCAUUUGGCUGUCGCACCUGUAACGGAUGUGCUUAUGAAGGGAAUUCCUGUGGUAGUAGCUUCUGUAAUAGAUGAACCUAUAACGGAUGCUUCUUUGGAUGAACCUGGAUCAGAUCCUAGGGAAGGCGCUACUGGGGGAGGCGUUACACUGGCAGGAAGAACCACUGGGGGAGGUAGUGGGGGAGGCAGUGGGGGAGGCACUGGGGGAAGCAUUGGAAGAGCUUCAGAGGAGGGCGUUAUAGGGGGAUUCGAUAUGCUGCUGGAGGAGACGGAUGAUGAGGAGACAGAGGAGGAAACAGAGGAGGAUGAGGGCAGCAUGGCAUUCGAGAAUUCUCAAAAACCAGAUGAGGGCAGCAUGGCAGAGGGUUCUUUCCUCAAUGCAGUCAAGAGGGAGACAGAGGAGGAUUUAGAAGACGCAGCAGCAGCCACCACAGCAGCAGCAGCAGCCGCAGCAGCAACCGGGGCAGGCGCUGCUAGUAGCAGCAGGGUUCAGAUCAUCUCAUCAGCAGCAAAUCAUGACUUGAGCAGCAGCAGGAAGCGGAAGCGAACUCGAAGCGCAUCAGCCAACAACGCGCUCCGCAUAUCCGAUGUUCAGCGCAUGAUGGCAAGCCCAGCGCUCGCCCGAACCAACGCCAUUGCCCACACCAUGCGAAAACUCAUCGUCUUUGCCACACUUGCCGUACGCGGCGGCUUAGACGCCCUACUCAAGCUGGAGUUUUCCCAUUUUGUCGUCCUCAACCGGGGAGGGGAGUACCUGUCUCCUCAGUUUCCGGGCGAGCAUGUUGCGUUUGUGCCGCCGCCGAGCCUCGCGCCGAGCCUCGUGCACAAGCAGUUCUUUCCGAACCUGCAGAACCCGAUCCUGUGCCCGGUUCGGAUCCUGGACGAGGAGGCUCGGAUGCGCCCGCCCGGAGCUGCGCCGAGCCUGUUUUUAUCGGCGAAGUUUUCUCGCGUGCCUUCUUUCGGGCCUCUGAACAGUUACGCCCGCCAUCCCAUGGGCCGAACCAACCUGGCUCGCUCCGCCUCUAAUCCUUGCCCCUUCUUCCCCUCUUUGGGAAUCACUUUUGAGAAUUCUCACAAGUCUUUCCCUCUUCCCUCCCCACCCCCACCUCCCCCACAUGCCACCUGCACCAGUUACGCCCGCCAUCCCAUGGGCCGAACCAACCUGGCUCGCUCCGCCGCCCACCUGGCAGAUGCUGCCGGGCUGACCCACGUGGGCAGGAGAUUCUUCAGGUCGCUUGGCGUUACUCUACUGUUCAUGGCUGGGUUUUCCUUGGAAGAGGUUUUAAGGGAGGCGAAUUGCUCCGUUAGUAGCCUCUACACUUUGUACUCGCCACAAGAUGAUAGGGGCGGGGGAGGAAAGGUGGUGGGGGAGGUGCGGGGAGGGGGGGAAGAAGGGGAAGAGGGGGAAGAGGGGGAUGAGGACGGGCAAGGGGAGGAGGAGGGGAGGUAUGGGGGAGCGAGUGGCAGAGGAUGGGGGGGAACGAGUGGGGAGAUGGCGGGGGAAGGGGAGUUGCAGCAGCAGGUUGAAGUUCAGGUGGGACAACAGAGCCAGGUGAAUCAACACGACCAGUCUCAGGUAGAGCGAGGCAUCAUGGGUGGGGCGAUGGGGGAUACAACGGGGACGAUGAGGAGAGGGAUUGGGGGAGGGGUGGGGGAAGGGAUGGGGGGAAGGACCACUGUUGCUACUACAACCACUCAAUUGCAGGGGCAGGAAAACGGGCAGAUAAAAACACAUGCAUCCGCACAGGAGAAAACCCAAGAGAACCGGAAUGGGAGGAAGAAAGUGCAGAAGGUUCAGAAGGUGCAGAGUCAAGGGGACGAGGAGAAUGAAAUACAGAAUCAAAUCCGCACUUCUCAGCUGCUACAGCAGCUGCAGGAGUAUCAGACGCAGUAUAUCCAGCUACAACUUAACACUCCAACUGCUGGCCCUGGCGCUGGUGGUACUGCUGCUGGUGGUACUGCUGCUGGUGUUAUGGGUGGUGCUGGUAAUACUGCUGUGAUGGGUGGUGCUCGUUCAGGCGUUAUGGGUGGUGGUGCUGCUGGUGUGAUGGGUAGUGGUGGUGUUGGUGUGAUGGGUAGUGGUGUUGGUGUGAUGGGCGCACAUGGAACGGCAGGGGUGCGAGCAGGGGUGAUGGGUGCAGGAGGCGGGGCAGGAGCGGGCCCAAACGCAGCAGGGGUGGAGAGGAGGGGAGAGGAAGCAGAGGUGGAGAGGAGGGGAGAGGAAGCAGAGGUGGAGAGGAGGGGAGAGGAAGCAGAGGCGGAGAGGAGGGGAGAGGAAGCAGAGGCGGAGAGGAGGGGAGAGGAAGCAGAGGCGGAGAGGAGGGGAGAGGAAGCAGAGGCGGAGUGGAAGGGAGAGGAAGCAGAGGCGGAGUGGAAGGGAGAGGAAGCAGAGGCGGAGUGGGGGAUGGAGCAAGAGCAGGGGAGCGGAGAGAGCAUAGGGUGCCGGGCAAAGCAGGGAGAGUAG